AUGCACAAUGGAGAGUCUAACCCCUCAAUCCCUCCCGCUCACCCUACACAGCCCAUCACCAAUCGCCCCGCAGACGAUGCUUCUCAGAGUUACCUCCACCGCUCUACAACCUCGCGAUCAGCUCGCCAUCGUCGAGCCCUAGCUGGCGUUCCUCUCGAUGUACAUUAUAACCAAGCCAUACACCCACAUACAUGGCGAAGCACCCGCCGAGAAUGGACCCGGGAACAACUUAAUCGUGAACGAGAGCUGUUUUUCGACACCCGAGUGACCGGAAGGCCUGAAAUAUGGGCUGCGCUAUCGACGGCUAGCGCUCUCAUCCGCGCGGGAGAUAUUAAUACCGCACAGGGUAUAUUGGAUGCGGCUGGCGUUACUGUGCCGACAGGCGACAUUUGCGAUGGAUGUUACGAUGAAAGCGGAGUUUUAUACAGGCUUCCGGAACAUAUCGCCAUGGACCCGAUUAAUGUUGUAGAGUCCGUAGACGCGAAUGACAAUAAUACGAUAUGUGCUGCCACUGCGGAUCUUGGCGAUGAGGAUGAUGUGGGACGUAAUAAACUCGCGGUCGAUGUCGAUUCGGAUGAUGAAUUAAUAGAUGAUAUUGAGAGGCGGCGGGAGGAAAAGGGGAAAGUGAAUGAAAGAGACCUUAUAAAAGUUACUGCGAGGUUAAGUGAUAGGGGAGGUCCUGAUUUGGUGCUUAUGAUUGGGAAUAAUCAGACCGUGGGUGCUUUGGCGCGCAAGAUCCAAACAGAGGCCGGGAUUGGUAGCAAACACCAGGUCCGAAUAGCAUAUCUCGGCAAAAUGCUGAAGGAACAAGAGAACCUAUUGAGUCAAGGAUGGCACGAAGGCAAUGUCUUGAAUGCUCUGGUCGUCAUGAGCCAGCGGAAUUGA